ACGCAUGAGCAUCGGGUUCAAUCUCCUCAACCCUAAUUCUGCCGGAGCAUCCGAUCGGACUCUGCUAUAAUCCGAACACCGCAACCACCUUCUCUCGAACUCUCUAUUAUUUCUAGUACCAAGCCUAUUUGAUGGAAAUAUCAAAUGAUUCAGGCGUAAAGAAACCAAAAAGGCUAACAUCUGUUGUCUGGAAUCACUUUGAAAGGGUUAGGAAGGCUGACAUCUGUUAUGCUGUUUGUGUGCACUGUAACAAGAAACUUAGUGGAUCAAGUAACAGUGGAACUACUCAUCUGAGAAAUCAUUUGAUGCGAUGUCUGAAACGGUCAAACUUUGAUGUGUCUCAACUCCUUGCAGUGAAGAGAAGGAAAAAAGAUAAUACCGUCAGUGUUGCAAGUCUUGGUUUUGAUGAAGUUCAGGGGAAAGAAGAAUACAUAAAGCCAACAAUCAUCAAGUAUGAGCAGGAUCACAAGAAAGAUGAAAUCAUUAACUUUGGGGGUCGUAAAUUUGAUCAGGAGAAGAGUCGACUUGAUCUUGCACACAUGAUCAUAUUGCAUGGAUACCCUUUGACCAUGGUUGAACAUGUGGGAUUCAAGGUCUUUGUGAAGAACCUGCAGCCUCUCUUUGAGUUUAUGCCAAAUUGUGGUGUAGAGGUUUCUUGUAUGGAAAUCUACAGGAGGGAGAAAGAGAAAGUGUAUAACACGAUAAACAAACUACAUGGUAGGAUUAAUCUGUCAAUUGAAAUAUGGUCUUCAGCUGAAAAUUCUUCAUAUUUGUGUGUAGCUGCACAUUAUAUUGAUGAUGAUUGGACGUUACAAAAGAAGAUCCUGAACUUUGUCACACUUGAUCCUUCUCAUACUGAAGACUUGCUUCCAGAAGUGAUUGUUAAAUGUCUCAAUGAAUGGGAUAUCGACUGUAAGUUGUUUGCCUUAACACUGGAUGAUUGUUCCACUGACGAUGGCAUCACUCUUAGAAUCAAACAGCAAGUGACUGAGAAAAAGCCUUUUUUGUGUACUCGUCAAUUACUUGACAUACGCUCUGCAGCACAUCUCAUAAAUUCCAUGGUUCAAGAUGCCAUAGAUGCACUGCAUGAGGUGAUCCACAAGAUUCGAGAAAGCAUCAGGUAUAUUAGAAGUUCACAAGCAGUACAAGGAAAAUUUAAUGAAAUUGCUCAACAAGCUGGAACUAACUCUCAAAAGGCCCUGCUUCUUGAUUUUCCAAUUCAUUGGAAGUCAACAUAUCUCAUGCUUGAAACGGCAUUAGAAUACAAGACUGCUUUUUCUCUCUUCCAAGAGCAAGAUCCCUCUUAUUCAUCAUUCCUAACUGACGAAGAGUGGGAAUGGGCGAUUUCGGUUACUGCUUAUUUGAAACUUUUAGUUGAAAUUACCAAUGUCUUUUCAGGCAACAGAUUUCCUACUGCAAAUAUAUAUUUCCCUGAGAUUUGUGACAUCCAUAUCCAAUUAAUUGACUGGUGCAGAAGUUCAGAUAAUUUUCUUAGUUCCCUGGCAUUGAAGAUGAAAGCGAGGUUUGAUAAUUACUGGAGCAAGUGCAGUUUGGCUUUAGCAGUAGCAGCUAUAUUAGACCCCCGGUUUAAACUGAAGUUGGUUGAAUACUACUACUCCCAAAUUUAUGGGAGCACUGCUUUGGAUCGUAUCAAAGAGGUUUCUGAUACAAUCAAAGAACUUUUUAAUGCGUACUCUAUCUGUUCAACGAUGGUUGAUCAAGGCUCAACCUUGCCUGGCAUCAGCUUACCUAGUACAAGUUAUGAUGUUAGGGAUAGACUAAAGGGCUUUGACAAAUUCCUUCAUGACAUGUCACAGAAUCAGAGCAUAGUAUCAGACCUAGACAAGUAUUUGGAGGAACCAAUUUUUCCUCGUAAUUCUGAUUUUGACAUAUUGAACUGGUGGAAAGUCCACAUGCCAAGGUACCCAAUCUUGUCUAUGAUGGCACGUGAUGUUCUUGGGACUCCAAUGUCAACAAUGUCACCAGAAUUGGCAUUUACCACUGGAGGGAGAGUGCUAGAUCCUACUCGUGCUUCAUUAAACCCUGAUACACGACAGGCUUUAAUAUGCACACAAGAUUGGCUCCGAAAUGAAUCAGGAGAUUUAUAUUCAUCCUCAAGCCAUUUUACUCUACCGGUUCUCAUCGAAUCAAAUUAAGUUUUCCAUGAUACAAGUCGCUACAAUUUAUAAGGGUCUUAUCCAAGACUAAGGAAGGAAGAUAUCUUACAGUUGUCAAGUGGGCCUUUCUUGCAGGGAAGUGGUCUAGCUAGCAAAUAUUCUAUGAACAAGCAAUGUAUAUUCUUAGAACAACGAAGCAAAUGCUUGUGUAUAUGACUACAUGUUAAAGUUUAUCGAGCUUUUGCCUGUAGAGCUGUCACCUGUUAUUGGACUUUCGAUUCAGAUGAAUCUGAAUUUGUACAGAGGGUUGCAUGCCCUUUAAUAUCGAAAUCGCCCCUUGCAUAAACCUUUUCUCUUUGUGUAUGGUUGGCACAUAGAGAAUGAUCUGCUUGGAUGGAGAUCCUCUUACAAUGGCAUCGUUUUAACUGUCAUUUCAUCUCAAUCAUCAUGUACCAAGCGAAAUUCUUAUAUACAGUGUAUCACAG